UCGAUAUUGGGAAGAUUGGCAAUACCAGAGUCUAGAGCUACUAGGUCAAUAGACUUAAUGUUACGGAAAAGAAUUGUACGAGACAUAUUCAUUUUAAAUAGUGUCACUUUAACAUUAAAUUAAAUAAGUUUAUGAUCAAAAAUGGGAAAAUCAAAUGCAGUACAGUUAGAAAGAGUAACACCAGAGCAACAGAGUAAAUCCAGAGUAUGGCCUUUUGAAUGGGUGGGAAAAUUAAUAAACUGCUGCAAAUCAAAAGUAUCAAGGCAUGAUAUAAAAUCUUUUGUGAGAUAGUUAUUGUUAUUUUGAAUAUGGAUAUUAAAAUCACCAAGUAGAAUCACCGUGGGGGAAAGGGAUGAAAUAAAUGUGAGAAAUUCAGAAAAUUCAUUAAUGAAUUCUGAAUUGGGCUUAGGUGGACGAUACACGGUGGCUACAAUGAUAGAGUUUGGACCAUUUAGUUUAAUGGCAAGAGACUCAAAUGAAUGAUAAAGUGGCACAGAGACAGGCGAGACUUUCAAACUCUCGCGAUAAAUUAUUGUGAGACCUCCCCCACGACCUGUAACGCGGGGUUGACAGCUGUAAACAAACCCAGGGGGAGUUGCUUCAUUCAACUGGGAAAAGUAAUUUGGUUGCUGCCAAGUUUCUAUCAGACUAAAAAAGUCAUACUUGCGAUCAUUGAUGAGUUCCUGGAUAAAAUGUCCUUUGCCCGAAAGUGAGCGGAUGUUGUAUAAUCCAAAAUGGAGAUUGUUGAAAUUGUUUUUGUGGGAGACGGAGCUAACAUUAGCUGACCUGGAUAGACUGGCCAGCACACUAUGAUCCACCCUCCUGCUGGAUGAUCUCGGUUCACAGCGAGAUGAUGACCAGAAGGAGUUUAUUGAAGUGGAGUCAUCAAUGUUAAAACUCCGUCGGGACCCACGGUGAAGAUAUCUCCGGCGAGGUAUGCGAGAAUACUCUGGGCCAAUAUGCAGCGUUGAUUGUUGAAACGCCGGAGCCGUCGGAUUAAAGCGGAGUCUGAGAAGCUCGGCAGCCGAGUAUUGGAGCAGGGCCGACGAGGAACUUGUCAGAAGCAGCAGCACAGCAAUCCAUAUGAGUGUCCCCGACUUGCCGAUCCACAUUCUUGCUCACACAGCAGGGCCAGAAAAAGGGCUACAAGUAAGUAAGCAGCUACAAACAGAGCUUGCCUUUGACUGAUAGUAUAACUGCGAAUAUAGCGUAACGUCAAUAUCAGUAUAUCAGCAGGAUAAUAUACAAUAAUUAAAGGGCACAUGACACAGUUGAUUUUUCAUGUAUUAUACUGUUGUCUGAGGUGUACUUCCGACGGUCGCGUGGUUUUUACAUCCCAAAACAUCAAAAGCAUUAAGUAAUAGGCUAUUUUGUAGCAUGGCACAGAGGCUGUCUGGAGAAACGACUCGUUUUGAUGGGCGGGCCGCAUUGAAACUUGGAAGUAAACACCCACUGCUAUGAUUGGCUAUUGAGAAGGAGAUUGACAGGGCAAGGUGUAGGGUGGGGGUGUGGUCUUGACCAACGUGCGGCCGCUGCACCAUGCAGUUGAAGUAUUGCAAUGGCUCGUGCAGUCGUUAAUGCUUUCCAGUUUGACCCAGAAUCUGAUCCAGAGGGGGAAGCACCUGAAGAGAUUGCAACUCAGCGACUACAACAGCACUUCUCAGAUUGGUGCCGUUGUGGAAAAUGUGUUACCAUGCCCACAGAAGCUGAGAAUAUUUGCUGCUUGGAGACACCUCGGGUUACUAGAAGACUACGGGAGGUCGGAGAACACCUUGCAUGUAUGGUUGACCAUCCUGGAUUUGAGCCUGUAUGCUUGAAUGUCUACUCUCUGCAGAAUGCAGGCCAAAUAUGCAGAGCUGACUAUGGCACUCUACAAUUAAGAGGAAUACACCAUCGUUAUAGGUAUCUGGCCUAUCGUUCCUUUGUGAGCGGGUGCUGGGGCUUCCUGGGAUGCAGCAUCCGGGUCGUUAUUCCAGCUUGUGUGGUCCUGCGCAUCCGGUCAGAGUUUCCUGAUGAGGAAGGCCACUAUGUAGGGUUUAAACUGCCCCCUGUUUGA